UACGCCCAUGGCCGCUAGCCUGAAAGGAGCCUCUGUCACCUGUUCUUCCACCUUGAGCUGUGACACUGACGAUGAUGGCGUGCGCGGCACCUGUGAAGAUGCUUCCCUGUGCAAGAGGUUUGCAGUAAGCAUUGGUUACUGGCAUGACCCUUAUAUCCAGCAUUUUGUCAGAUUGUGCAAAGAGAGGAAGGCUCCAGAAAUUAACAGAGGAUAUUUUGCUCGAGUUCUCGGUGUCAGUCAGCUUAUAAAGGCAUUUCUAUGGAAGACAGAAUGUAAUUGUCAAAUUCUGAAUCUUGGGGCUGGGAUGGAUACCACCUUCUGGACGUUAAAGGAUGAAAAUCUUCUCCCAAGUAAAUAUUUUGAAGUUGACUUUCCAAUGAUAGUCUCAAGAAAGAUCCACAACAUCAAAUCCAAGCCUCCUCUAUCAAAACCUGUUGUAGAAUUGCAUUCAGAGGACACAAUUCAAAUAGAUGGGCAUAUGUUGGAUUCAAAGAGAUAUGCCAUUAUAGGGGCAGAUCUGCGAGAUUUACCUGACAUGGAAGAGAAACUAAAACGAUGCCACAUGAAUACACAAUUGCCAACACUCAUCAUAACUGAAUGUGUGCUGAUUUACAUGACUCCAGAGCAGUCUGCAAACCUCCUGAAGUGGGCAGCCAGCAGUUUUGAGACUGCCAUGUUCAUCAACUAUGAGCAGGUGAACAUGGAUGAUCGCUUCGGGCAAAUUAUGGUUGAAAACCUUCGGAGACGACAGUGCGACUUGGCUGGAGUGGAAAUGUGCAAAUCGUUAGAUUCACAGAAAGAACGGCUCCUGUCAAGCGGAUGGGAAACAGCCUCCGCAGUUGACAUGAUGGAAUUGUACAGCAGGUUACCGCGGUCAGAAGUGAGCAGGAUAGAGUCGCUGGAAUUCCUGGAUGAAGUGGAACUUCUUGAACAACUCAUGCAGCAUUACUGCCUGUGUUGGGCAACCAAAGGAGGAAAUGAACUAGGUUUGCAGGAGAUCACUUACUAA